UUCCGAUCGCCGUCCUCGAGCUAAACACGCUUGCCCACGUCGUCUGCGGACUGGCCGCCCUCUAAUCGAUAUAUCUCGGACCAAAGACAGGGAAGAAUGCGUCUUUAUGUUCUUCCGCAGCUCCAUCGGCGACGAGUUGCUUCGCAGGCUCAAGGACAAACCGAAGCGGCCUUGUCGGGCACCAAAUCCGACACCUAAUCCGACGCCUGCCGAUACGGAUGACAAUCCGCCGGAUAAGAAUACGCCGGAUAAUAAUACGCUAGAGGAGAAGCUAAAUCAGUCUUUGCCCAAUUUUCGCGAAGACUUGGCGAGUCCAGCAGAAAUCCGUCUUUACAGGCUAGGAAAGAGGAUCCAUCCCAGUAAUCUGUGGCGACGUGAAGACGGACGCGGACACGUCGACGUGCGGUGCAGAAUGUGGACGACCAACCUAGCCUUUUUUGACACUUAUCUCGAGUCUGGAAGAGAAAAUGGGAGAUUGUUCCUUGCAUACUUUGGCAUGCACCUGGUCUACGGCGGCCUCCACCUGCUGGCCUGGAACGGCCCCUUCCGAACCAGGUCGAACUCACACUCUGGAGAAUUAGCAGCCUCACGGUCACGAGCCCGGUGUCGCUGCUGCUUGUCAAUAUUCUUGCUGAGGCUUCUUUCAUCCUCUAGCUCCUUGGAGAUAUCAUGAAUCCAGACUAGAAAAUCUAUUUAUGCACCCGCCUAUAUAUUAUAUUGUGUUUCGAAAUCUAUCAGUCCCAGACCAUUUUGCUUUUCUCUAGAAUGACCCAUCUAAUUACUUGAUUAGUUCCAAUUCCCAUCCGGAAUCUACCAACCCCACCGACCUUCUCCAGAAUCCCUUCACUGGCAAACGAACUUCUGCCAGAUCGAAGCCCC